AAGUCCAGAUCAAAGCAAUAACUGCGUCACGUGACAGAUAACAGGCCUUCAUGAGGGCAGGAAGUAAACAGUGUCACACGUUUGAAGCAGGUCUCCUCUCUGUCAUGGUGUCUCUCCUUCACACCCUCCGGGACCACACGGACGAGGUCCGGUGCUGCGCCUUCUCCCCGUCCCUGCUGGCGACGGGCUCCGGAGACAAAAGCCUCCGCGUCUACAGCACCGACGCCGGCUUCACGGAGCGGCCGUUCUCCCCGCUGACGGCGCACGCGUACGGGGUCCACUGCUGCUGCUUCAGCUCCUGCGGCGGCUUCCUGCUCAGCUGCUCCACGGACGGCCUGGCGCUGCUGUGGAACUCGGGCUCGGGCGAGCUGCUGGCCACGCUGGAGCACCCGAGCCGCAGCCCGCUCCGGGUGUGCGCCCUGUCCCCGGACUCCUCCCGGCUGCUGGCGGGGGCCUGUGACGGCACCGCGGCGCAGUGGGACUUCCGGUCCAGGAAGCUGCUCAGUUGCCGUGUUGUGAGUGAGGCCAGUGUUGUGGCCUGCUGCUUCUCUCCCUGUGGGCAGAUGUUUGUGAGCGGCUGCACCAACGGAGACCUGAAACUCUGGGAUCUGCAGGCGAGUCUGCUGGACGCUCAGAAGGACGCUCAUGACCUGGGAGUGACCUGCUGCACCUUUGCUUCCCAGUUCCUCAUUGAGGGAUCCAGUUUGGAGUUUCGACUGGCCUCCUGUGGACAGGACAGCUGCGUGAAAAUCUGGAUGGUGUCUCAGGAUGAAAGAGCGGCCUGGACGGUGAAGCUGCUUCAUUCUCUGGGCGCUCAGUCGGCUCCAGUCCUGUCCUGUGCUUUCUCUCCGGACGGAGGGCUGCUCGUCUCUGGCUCCGUGGACAAAUCCGUGACAAUAUAUGAUGCCAAGCUGGGAUCCCUGCUUCACACUUUAAAACAACAUGACAGGUACGUGACGGCUGUGGCUGUCUCCCCUCACCAGGACAUGAUUGCAACAGGCUCCAUGGACAGAUCUGUGAAUGUGUGGAGAAUAGGAGGAGAACUCGGCCAAACCGAGGCUGAGCCACAGCAGGCGUCAUGUCAAGGAAGGAAGUUGCCGGUUCACUCCCGGCUGCUGCUCACUGAUUGGACAGAGGGGGACGUGCAGAAGUGGCUGUGCGAGGAAGGACUGGAGAAGCUGGUCGACGUCUUUAAAGCCAACAACAUAGACGGAGAGGAGCUCAGCCGGCUGAGCAAAGACACGGUUACAGAGCUGGGAAUCGAGUCUGUGGGCCUUCGUGGUCGUCUCAUGAGGAGGAUCAACGCCCUAAAGGCAGAGCAGAAUGACUCAGAAGUCCCGGAUCACUUCCUGUGUCCGAUCACCAGAGAGCUGAUGAAGGAUCCGGUCAUUGCUGCAGAUGGCUUCUCCUAUGAGCGGGAGUCCAUAGAGAGCUGGAUCCAAGGAAAGAACAAAACCAGCCCAAUGACCAACCUGCCCCUCCAGACCACACUCCUCACCCCAAACAGGUCGCUGAAGAUGGCCAUCACGCAUUGGAAGUCAGAUCAUUAAAGAGGCCCAUUCUUGUCAUCCAGAACCAAAUGAUCACUUGUUGUUCAUGAAGAUGCUACUCUAAAGAAAUAAAAGUUUUAUUUAAAACUUUUCUGAACGACAGUUGAGAUUGUGAUGCAUGUGAAAUAGAAGAUGAUCACUCUGC